UUCCUCUUCAGCAGUCUGGUGCCUAACAUGAUUAGAAAUCAAUGCAGAGGUGUUGAGAAAGUGUGUUUGAGCUCCAACAGUGUUACUAGCAGAGCCUCUGGAUGUGAAGCUUCAUCGGCCAGAUUAGACUUUGUGCUUCACACUUGUUUUCUGAAUGUUUUGCCUCUGACUCAUCUCCUACAAAGCUAUCGGAGUUAGCUUAGCAUGCUAGCUGUAAACAGACAGUCAGAGUGACUGACGGAGAGCAAACCGCGUUUUUGACGGAGUUCUUGUGGAGAAAACGUUUCUGUCAGUGUGUGGAGAUGUCCAAAGGUGAAAUGCUGAGAGUCUUGGUGAAGCAGCGAAUAACUGCGGCUGCUGAAGAGAUAUUCGGGCUGUUUGAAAGAACGAUAACAGAGUACGAGGAGGAACUGAGUCGGUCAAAAGAGGAGAACAAGCGACAACAGAAACUACUGGACGCUGUUUACAACCCUCAGCUUCGGCUACACAGAGCAGAUGUCCAGCAGCUGUUGGUACAUAAAGAAGAAAUUCCCUCUGAGCAGCAGGACUGGAGCUCCAGUCUGGACCAGAAGGACCCAGAGCCCCCACAAAUUAAAGAGGAACAACAAAAGGAUCUCUGGAUCAAACAGGAGGGAGAGCAGCUUGCAGAGCUGGAGGAGGCUGAUAUCACCAAGUUCUCCUUCACUCCUGUCCCUGCCCCUGAGCCCUCACAGCUUCAUCAAAUUGAACAGAUGAAAACAGAAGCUGAUGGAGAGGACUGUGGAGGACCAGAACCAGCCGGGAACUUGGAUCCAGAUUCACAUUUACAACCAGAUGCUGAAGACAGGUCUGGAGACUCUUCUGAACCUGAGACUGAUGACAGCGGUGAUUGGAUAGAGAGCAGAGAUUCCCAGUCAGGUUUAAAAUCUUUGAAAACUGUUGACAUUCCUAAUAGAACUGAUGAGAAAGCAUUCAGCUGCUCAAUGUGUGAGAAAAGAUUUGCCAAGAAGACAUAUCUGACGAGACACAUAAGAUGUCAUACUGUAGAGAAACCUUUCAGCUGCUCCAUUUGUGAUAAAAGAUUUCUGCAAAAAUCACAGCUGAACCCUCACAUGAUGACUCACACAAAAGAGAAACCUUUCAGCUGCUCAUUGUGUAGUAAAGGUUUCACUGGAAACGGAGACCUGGUGAGACACAUGAGAAUCCACACAGGAGAGAAACCUUACAGCUGCUCAGUGUGUGGUAAAGGUUUCACUGUACGUGGAAACCGGGAGAUACACAUGAGAAUCCACACAGGAGAGAAACCUUUCAGCUGCUCAGUGUGUGGUAAAGGUUUCACUGUACGUGGAAACCGGGAGAUGCACAUGAGAAACCACACAGGAAAGAAACCUUUCAGCUGCUCAGUGUGUAGUAAAGGUUUCACUGGAAGAGGAGCCCUGGAGAGACACAUGAGAAUCCACACAGGAGAGAAACCUUUCAGCUGCUCAGUGUGUGGUAAAGUUUUCACUGAAAGAGGAAACCUGGUGAGACACAUGAGAAUCCACACAGGAGAGAAACCCUUCAGCUGCUCAGUGUGUGGUAAAGGUUUCACUGAAAGAGCAAACCUGGAGAGACACAUGAGAAGCCAAACAGGAGAGAAACCCUUCAGCUGCUCAGUGUGUGGUAAAAGUUUUGUGCACAAAUGUAAUCAUAACAUUCACAUGAAGACUCAUACAGGAUAGAAACCCUUCAGUUGUUCAUUGAACACAUGAAAACACAUGAAAAAUCACACAGAGGAAAUCUACCCAGGUUGGGCGUUCGUUAAAAAAAGAUUUCUGCUGCAUCAACAGAGAAAACAACAUAAAUGUGCUAGUCGUCAGUCCUCAGAGCUUCAUCAUACUAAACAAAAAAAAAAACAGGGAAAAGAGAGCAAACCGGUAUAUUGCUGAACUCCACUGGGCAACUUUAAUCGCUGUUCAAGCAACAUUUAUUUGCACAUUGACAUUAUUGUGUUCAUUCUUUUAUGAUUAUUUAGUCUCAUAAUACUUUGUGUGAUACUUGUUCAGGGAUAAUUCAUUAUUUGCG